GCGCUGCAAGGCCUACUGGAUGUGCAGCUGUGGCGGAUGCAACUGGGAUUGGCGCACCUCGUGCCUGUGCUGCGGGCAUGCGGCCCCGCCUUGGGCGAUGGGGACGCUCCCAGCCAAGGCGAGGCCUAAGGCGGACAAGGACGGCUGGGUGGAUCAGCCACGUGGGCGCCGUGCCCAAAGGCAGGCCCGCGGCGCGGCAUCGCGGGCGGCCUCCACCAAAUCGCGCACCUCGGCGUCGGCAGCGAGUGGGACGCCCAGCGGCGGAGGCGCCACGGCGAUCGAGAGGCUCCAGGCGGCAGUCGAGCAGCUCGAGGCGCUGCAGGCCGAGCCCCCCGACGGAGUGGACGGCUGCUUCACCGACGUCGUGGUCAGGCAGCUGGAGGCGAAGCGUGCCGAGUGGGUCAAGGCGAACGCCAUCAGCAAGGGUGAGAAGCGGCUCCGGGCAGCCCGCCAGGAGCUUGUGCAGCAGCAGGAGGCGCGCGACCUCGUCGAGGCCCAGCUCCAGAAGGCCCAGGAGGAGCUCGCGGAGCUCGACGCGGAGGUGGAGGAGGCGAGCCGUGCGCUCCAGGUGCUCGAGGAGGCAGCCCGCGAGGAGGCUGAGGCGCUGCGCCGCCAGCCUGCAGCAGAGUGGACAGGAGCCAGCCAGGUGCCAGGGCUCCUCAUGCAGCUGGAGCAGUUGCCAGAGGCGUGGAGCCCCAGCAACUUCGAGGUGGCCUGGGCGGCCACUCGCGCACAGAUGGAGGCAGUGCGGGCGCAGCUCGAGGGAGCCCCAGCGGCCCCCAAGCGCGCGCCGUGGGCCGAGUCCUGCCCCAUGGAGGAGAUCAGCAGCGACGAUGGCGAGCCCGCGGACGGCGGCGGCCCCUGGCAGCCCCAGCCAGCCGCCGAGCGAGGCCGAGCCGAGCGGCGCGGCGAGGCGCUGGGCGAGUGGCCGACGGUGGCCCAGGCAUGCAAGCGGGAGCUGGCGGCUGAGGCCAGUGCGGCGGGCCUGCGCCUGCACGAGAGCGGCGCCGAGGGCGUCGAGAGCGACCUGGUAGGCCGCCGCGGCACGGGCGCCCUCGGCACGCCCAGGGGCCAGGAGAGCGCUGCAAGGCCCCGCUGGGACCUCAUCCCCCUGGGCGCCGAGGAGAACGUAGUUGGGGCCAUCGAGUUCGGCACUAGCGAGUGGGGCGACCACAGUGACCAAGCUGGCGUAUAUGGUGACCCUGAGGCCACUGCAGUGCUGCAGCGGCGCCUCGCGAGCCCCCAGAAGCGGGACGGCGGCAAGAGCUCGGCCUCCUGCAGGAUAUGGGCCAAGCAGGCCGCGCAGAAGGGCGGCAGACUCGCCCGCAGUUUUGCCGAGGCUGCGCCGCCCCUACCAGCGGUGGAUCCAGAGGCUAGCAGGCCCUUGGCAGGCACGAUGGCAGUCGAGCAGCUGGAGGCCAACUGGCAGGCCAUGCGGCAGCAGGAGGGCUUCAGGUCUGGAGCUGGAGUCGGCAGCUGGGACGUCCGAGGCUCGACGCUGCCGCCCCUCAGCCUGGAGAUGCUGCAGGCGGCUCGCAAGCGUUCGCUGGCGGCGGGCCUGGACGCUGACCAGCCCCACCCACGGCAGCUGCCGCUGCCCCCUUCGGCCCUGCGUUUGCGCGGCCUGGUCCUCUUGGAGGCCCACGAGGAGCAGCCCAAGGCCCUCGAGGCCGCAGCAGGCCUGUGCCGCGCCUCGCCCGUCCACGAUGGGGAGCGGGCCCAGUGGGGCGGCGACUGGCGCCUCGAGCCAGAGUGGUGCAUGACCAUGGACCUCAGUGACGCGCUCGGGCCCAUGUCCCUCGAGCCGCAGGCGCAGUCGGCGGCGGCGUCGGAGCCCCAGCAGGCUGGAGAGGCCCUCGCCGGCGGAGCUCCAGCCACGCGACCCCACCUGGAGGACAGCCGCUCGACGGGGAGCAGCGCGGCCGCCCUCUCGGCCACCGCCGUCGCUUUCAGCGCCCUGGGGCACGUGCUCAGCUACGCCUGCGCGGACGUAGGCGAGGACACCCAGGAGGUCGCGGCGCGCACCAAGCGCGGCGCCUACAAGGUGCUGGGCGGCCGCGCGGGAGGCAAGUCUCGCCUCAAGGCGCAGUGCCCAGGGCCCAGCUACCUGACCAACAAGUCGGGCAGGAACCAGCGCAGCUUGCGGGAGCGAGGGCUACACCCUGGCGGCAGACCUCGCGCAGACCAGCGGAGAGCGAGAGCAGAGGGCACCCCUGCCUUGCGCCCCCAAGGGCCAGUGCCAGGACAUGCCCAGGAGCGCUACCUGGAGUGGAUAGGCAUAGAGGCGGAGCCCACGGGCGGAGCCUCAGCCGCAGCCAGCAGUUCGGGCAGCGGCCCAGCGGCCGCGGCAGCGCAGGAGGUGCAGGCGGCGGCGGCCAGCCUGCCCCAGCAGCGGCCAGGGCCGAGCGCGGGCGCCCCCAGAGCAGGCGAGACAGCCGAGGAGGAGCUCGCAACCGCGGGAGCCCCACCCAGCGGCGGCCUGGUGAGCCGCAGGGUCCGCCGCCGCCUGGCGCGCCGCGGCUCGGAGUACCUGGAGUUCUACCUGGAGGAGUUCGGCAGUGAGGCGGAGCCUACAGGCGGAGCCUCAGCCGCGGCCAGCAGCUCGGGCAGCAGCCCAGCGGCUCCCGCGGCAGCACAG